AUGAGUGGUCGAGCCAGGAAAAACAGAAUGGCAAGAGGAAGGCCACCACAGGCAGCCCAGAAUGGUGCACCUGUUGAGGGUCAGCAGCCUGGGAAUGGGAGCUCUAGGGGUCAACAACGGCAAUGGCAGUGGUGGCAAGCACCAGGACCAGCUCCAGCUCCAGAAAUGGCUCGGGCACCAGCAUCAACUCAGGCACGAGGUGGGGCAGAAAUAUCGGCCCAGCCACCAGCAACCGCUAGGGCACCAACUUGUGCAGAAAUAUUGGCUCGACCAGCAGGACGGGCUCGGGCACCAGCCUGGGCUCGGGCACCAGUGCCCAUACGACCACCACUGGCUCUAUCACCAGCAGCACAAGCAUCCGCACUGGCACCAGCAAGAGAGCUUGUUAGGCAUGAAGAGCCAAGAGGGGCAGAAGGAGGAGCUGAGGUGGGAGCAUCCACACUUCCAGAAGAAGGUCAAGUCUCAGCCAGAUUGAUGGAACCAACACAGAGGAAGAAACGACGUGGUAAACAGAAUAUUCAUGACAUUGGUGUGAAUACUCGGCAAAAUCUACAUCAUUUCAUAGAGUGCAAAAGAGGUACUUCAGGGACUGUAGUCCAAUUGAAGACAAACCAUUUCCGGCUGACAGCUCUUCCCCAGUGGGCACUAUACCAGUACCAUGUUAACUUCAACCCACAGAUGGAUUCCAAAAGACUCCGUUCCAUUUUACUUGACGUGCACAAACAACUCCUAGGAAAACGUUAUUCUUUUGACGGAGCAAUAUUAUUUUUAUGCCAUAGACUACAAAACAAGGUUACUGAAGUGUUUAGUCAGACACACAGUGGAGAGAAUGUGAGGAUAACUAUCACUUUAACCAAUGAACUUCUACCUAAUUCACCAACAUGCUUACAGUUCUACAAUAUUAUUUUCAAAAGAUUUUUGAAUACCAUGAAUCUCGUACAAAUUGGACGAAAUUUUUAUGACAUUUACAAUGGGGCAGAAGACAUGAGAGAUUUAAGGUUGAAUAUUUGUCCAGGUUUCAUUACCUCUAUCCUUCAGUAUGAGAAUGACAUUAUGCUGUGCACUGAUGUAAGUCAUAAAGUCGUCCGAAAGGAUACUGUCUUAGACCUCAUAAAUGACUUUCAGAGAUCUGGAAGAUACACAGCCCGAGAAGACAUUUUGAAAGAAAUACGAGGGCAAAUUGUUUAUACCAAACACAACAAUAGGACAUAUAGAGUUGAUGACAUUGACUGGGAACAGAAUCCAAGAAGCACCUUUGAAAAAGAUGGCUCUGAUAUCAGCUUCUUAAACUACUAUAGACAGCAAUAUAGGGCAACAAUCACAGACUUGGAGCAGCCAGUCUUGGUCAGCCUGCCCAAACGGAAGAAGGGGCCUGAUGGAAGACUCAAAAGCCCUGCCCUUCUCAUGCCUGAGCUCUGUAACCUCACAGGUCUAACUCGAUCAAUGCGAAUGAAUGAUAGGAUCACCAAGAACAUAGCUAAUCGUACAAGGUUGUCGCCUGAAAAACGAUACACUGAACUCCGAAAACUCAUUGACAAUAUUCACAAAAAUGCUGAUGUCCAGAGAGAGCUUCAGGAAUGGGGUUUAGACUUUGAAAAACAAUCGUUAUCUCUCACUGGAAGAGUUUUGCCGGUACAGAAACUCAAUGAAGAUAGAAGAGCUAUGUCUAUCCAUUGUACAGAUUGGUCAAAAGAAAUCAAAAGAGGACAGUUGAGUUAUCCUAAACCACUGAAUAAUUGGCUGCUUGUCUUCAAUCAUGAAAAUGAAAGACUAGCACAAAUCCUAUGGGAGAAACUAAAUAUAACUACACGUACCCUAGGCAUAAACUUGAGGCCCCCCUUACAGUGUCCAGUAGAGGAUAAAAUUGAAGAGUAUCUUAAAGUCUUGGAGAAAAAUAUUACACCACAGACUCAGAUUGCUGUUUGUCUGCUGCCCAAUAAUAAAAAAGACAAGUAUGAUGCUAUUAAAAAAUACCUAUGUGUAACACGCCCAGUUCCAAGUCAGUGCAUAGUAGCUGAAACCUUAAACAAGCCCCAAAUUCUCCUGUCAGUUGUUACCAGGCUGGCCCUGCAAAUGAAUUGCAAGAUUGGAGGACAUCUUUGGAAAAUUUCUAUGCCUCUCACAGAUGCAAUGUUCAUUGGUAUUGAUUGCUAUCAUGAUACCACAUCAGGACGUGAUUCAGUUGCAGGAUUUGUUGCUAGCCUGGAUACGUCAUUGACUAAGUGGUAUUCUUGGUGUUUCCUUCAAAAGCCAGGGCAGGAGUUUCUAGAUGGCCUCAUGUCUUGCUUAGAAACUGCAUUAGAUGCCUGGAAGAAAAACAAUAAACAAUGUCCAUUACCUAAGUUUAUUUUCGUGUAUCGGGAUGGUGUAGGAGAUGGUCAACUUCAAACUAUGGUGGAUUAUGAAGUACCUCAGAUGCUGAGAUGCCUAAAUUCUCGUCCUAAUUAUUCUUACAAACUUGUAGUCAUCGUGGUAAAGAAACGACUGAAUGCCAGAUUUUUUGUAGAGAAAAAUGGACACCUUGAAAAUCCAAAUGCAGGGACGGUCAUUGAUGUGGAGGUUACCAGACCAGAAUGGUAUGACUUCUUUAUCAUCAGCCAGUCCGUGAGAGUGGGUAGUGUGAUGCCAACACAUUAUAAUGUGAUCUUUGAUAAUACUGACCUGACCCCCGACCAAAUACAGUGCUUAACUUACAAGCUAUGCUACAUGUAUUAUAACUGGACUGGUGUCAUUCGAGUUCCAGCUCCAUGCCAAUACGCCCACAAACUGGCUUUCCUGGUUGGCCAGAGUAUUCGUAAAAAUCCCCAUAAAAUACUGUCAAAUAGUCUUUAUUACCUUUGA